UAGCAUAUUUCUGAUAUGGUCUUAAAUCAGUUCCAUGAUGAAUAUACAACAAUUAGAUUUAGAUUGAAUCAGUGUGAAACCCUAUAGAAUGUUUUGUAGAUUUGCCAUAAAUGAAUCCAUUGAAUCUAGCCACCACAAGCUCACCUCCACCUGUUGCCAAUGAUCUCUUGGCGAAGCGAAAGAGAGGUCGUCCGCGCAAAGAUGAAACCACAACACAGCCUCAACAAGAAAACAUUAACCUGGUUGGUAAGACGUUUUCAGGUGCGGCGACAGGAUCUUUCGACGCGGGGUACCUCCUCAAUGUCAAGAUGAACGACAGUGACACGAAGCUGAGAGGUCUCGUGUUCAAGAAGGGGAAAGUCACUCCCGUAACCCCUGAGAACGACUUGGCUCCUCACGUUAAAAUGUUCGCAAGAGAAGGGAUCAAGAACCAAACUGAUCUCCCUCGUAAUGAUCAGGCAACGGAAGAUGUGGAGAUCUGUGAAUCUGCUCGACCGUUGUCUCUAGUGCCGUAUCAGAGCGAUGACGAAGAGCCCGAGGAAGCUGUGAUGGAGGAGAGAGAUGGAGUCAUGGAGGAAGGAGAAGCUGCGACUCCUCUGCUGGAGUUUUUUCCAACUCCGGAGGCGACCGUGGUGGCUUCUCAACAGAGUCUUGUCCUGGCGCAGAAAGAGACCACAGAGCAACAGAAACCUCCUGGUGAGGCUCGUGGGUUUGGUGUUGAGGAACCUGUUGGUCCGGUGGAGAAAGUUCCGCAGGAGCUUAGGCUAGAGCUUGGUAACAAGACGGUAAUGAGUGGAGACAAAGAGACAGAUCCUAAAAGCUCUGUGUCCAAGAGUGGCUUCAUAGCGAAUUUGCUUGAAGGAGAAGGCAAGAAGGUUGACUGUGCCAUGGAGGAAGAAGCAGCUCCAUCAGUUCCUUAAUUAACAAAAUGAACACCGUUCUGUUAUUUUAUAGAUAUUCAGACUCUCCAUUGCAUAUUCUGUUUUUUUCUUGUUUGUUUAAAACAUUUGUGUUCAGUAUUUGUUGUAAAACUAUUUCUUCUUCUGGUUAUUCAA